CGCUUAGCUUCGCUUCCACUGUUCCUCCAGCCAGACGUCAUCUUUGCUGAGCAUUCUUCUGUAUUAAGAAACGGAACUCCUGUUGUCGCGGGAAAAAGAUGCUAUCACUACAGUCAAAACCAGAUCGCUCGCCUUGAGAGAAUCACGUAAAACCAAGAAGCACAACAUCUGUAGAUGCGAUAUCGGCUCCGAUAUUUAUGCCUGAAUGCCAAAACUGGGACUGCCUUUAUCGCUUCCACCCUCACUCCUGUUAGAUACAUACGACACUCUGUCUCCCGCACUAUGGAUUCUCCGCUCCCCAUUAAGCUGGCAAUCCUCGACGACUAUCAUAACAUUGCAUUACAUCACUUCUCUCACAUUGACAGCUCAAAGAUCGAUAUAACAGUCUUCCACGAUACCCUCCCCGCCUACUCGCACCCUAAAACCACCAAUGCCGACUCCAAAGCUCUCGUCAACCGCCUCAAGCCCUUCUCAGCUCUUUCCACGAUGCGCGAGCGUACCGCGUUCCCAGGCGAGCUCCUCCGACAGCUUCCCAAUCUCAAAGUCAUCUUCGCGACAGGGGCCAAGUUCGAGAGCUGGGAUUUGGAUGUAAUGAAGGAGCUGGGCAUCAAAGUUUGUGCCGCGCCAGGAAAGGGAAGGACAGACGGUCGAGGCAGACAGUCUCCACGGUCCUUACCGGUCAAGAAGGGUGGUGGACAUCCUACGACGCAACAUGUUUGGGCGCUUAUACUGGCUUUGGCGCGGAACGUGGCCGCUGAUGACGCUGUCGUGAAGGGGAAACACAAUUCUGCGGCAUGGCAGACAGAACUUGCGAUUGGCUUGCAGGGAAAGACUCUGGGCCUUGUUGGUCUCGGAAGAAUUGGUUCGCAUGUGGCAAGAGUGGGUGUGUUAGCGUUUGGAAUGAAGGUCGUCUGUUGGAGCGCGAACCUGACACAAGAGAAAGCGGACCAGCUGGCAGAGGAGGUGGGUCUACCAGUCAGAGGAGGAGGUAUGGCUGGUGACGACGAGAAGACGUUCAAGGUAACGAGCAAGAAAGAACUGUUCGAGACGUCUGAUGUGAUCAGCGUGCACUAUGUGCUCAGCGAGCGAUCCAGAGCUAUCGUAAGUGCACAGGAACUACGCUGGAUGAAAUCCUCCGGACUUCUGGUCAAUACAUCUCGAGGUCCGCUUGUUGAUGAAGCUGCGCUUCUGGAUACACUUAGGAACGGUCGGAUACGAGGGGCUGCUUUGGAUGUCUUUGACAUUGAGCCGUUACCGGCGGACAGUCCCUGGCGGACAGAAGACUGGGACGAUCCAUCUAAGAGUAGAGUGUUGUUGACUCCGCACAUGGGAUAUGUGGAAGAGGGGACAUUGACAACAUGGUAUGAAGAGACAGCAGAGAACGUGGAAAGACUUGUCGAAAGCAAAGAGCUGUUGCAUUUGAUCAUGUAACAACUACUCUCAACAUUUCGGAUCACAACAAGAUAUAAUGGUCAAAAGUUGGUAUCAUCACGCGAAACACUCGACCCCCACUCUUCAUCGGUGACAUGGAAACUACGCUCAACCAUAAUUUGUAAUCCGUCAUUUGCAUUGCUCUGAGCACUCUGCCAGUUUAUAUCCAUCUCGCUUCCACGGUCGUUUCUGUUGUCGUCGACAGCGUG